AACACACGCCAAACACUUACGAAAUAGUGAGCGUCAUUUCGAAAAAAGCCCGAUCCUCCAGCUCCUGGUACCUCUAUUAAUUAAUAAGCUGUUUGCAGAGAACGCCUACUGGAUUUGCUGUUACAGAAAUAACCAAAAUACCGGAACGCGCUGCGGUGGUGCGUCGCUGAAAACGGACAAACGGGGCCAAAAAGUUCAGGGGGAACUUUAGAUUUUUCUGGACCGUGGAAGGCAACUCUUUCAACAGAUCAAGACGGCUUGUUUCAGCGAUAAGUGGUGAUAUGUUCAAGAAAAGCAAGAGUAAAAUGCUGGUGGAUUAUGCGUCAGAGGAGGAAGACAUGUCCUGGCACUAUCAUCACUCCUACAAGGACAAAGACGUAGAAGGAGAGGAAGAGGAGGAGGAAGCUGUCACUGCAGUAUCCAAGGAGGCCAAGGUGAAGAAGAUCAUGUCCAAGAAAGAGAGGAGGGAGAAGAAGAUGUUCUCCUCUCAAGAUGAUGAGCACUUCUUGUUGACCGGAGUAAACCUGGCUGACCGAAGAGGGUCUCACAAGAAAAUCAAGGAUGAUGAGAAGGAGAAGGAAAAAAAGGACAAGCCAGAGAAGGGCCACUGCUUCUGGGAUAGUGUUACCAUGACAAUGCGGCAGAUCUCACCCACCAAAAAACUGGAGAAGAUGGAGGGCUGGGAGCCGCCUUGCCUGGAUAAUGUAACGGAGCCUGUGACCGAUGAAGCCCCAGAGGACAAGAGCAAGAAAGGGGACUCGCCUGUGUCCUUCCCCAACUCUCUAGGCCUCCCGUUGGAAUUGGCCUCCUGGGGGGGGCGGGGUUUUGAGGAGGACUCCUCCCGCUAUGCUAACCUGUCGGACUCCAAGGAUUCAACAGCCGCGGUCAGGUGGACAGCCCGCGCCAAAGUCAAGCUGGCUGGCAUCAGCAGGAUGAGCAGAGGGAUUGUGUCAGAGAGUGCUUGGGAAGGGUUUAAAUAGUAGCCAUUUUACCUUUGAUCCACCUCCUUCCUUACCUACCAUCAGUAAAGAGGAUGAAGACCUGAACCAAAUAUCUGCUUGUCUCUAGUCUAGUUCUGGAAGAAACUGGUGUUUUUUGUCAACUGGUAUUGAGAUGCUGUAGUCAAGCCCUGAAUAUAACACAUGAAGUUUGUCCUUACUAUUUUAGCGGAUUUGGCUUUUUUUCUGCAGGGCGGCCACAUUUGAAUCACUGACUGCCUGUAAAUUAAAACAAAUAAAAGCCUUAAACUACUGAACCCUUUUAACUGUGUAUCCCCUGGCUUGGCAUUUAGAUGUUUUAUAUUGCUACAAAAGGAGAAGUUAUUUUCAUAUAAUUAUUGUGGCUGUCAAAGGUAAAGAAUCCAUGAAGAAUAUGCAAACCUGCUACUGAAGACUGUUGGUUUCCACUUCCUUUCUGUCCAUGCAGUCGGAUCAUCUGAGUACAAAAUGAGAGUCUCACGCUUAAUGUAUACAUCAACAGUGGGCUUAAAAUCUGUGCAUUCUUGUGUGUGUGUGUGUGUGUGUGAGAGAGAGAGAGAGAGGUGGAUAGUAAGAGGAGAGAAAGUUUAUGGAUGGGCAUGAACAUUUGUUUUAGUGAAUCACUCAAAGUUUGAAGCUCUGUUGUGUUUUGAGUAUGUGUCAUAGACUGAUACAUCUUUAAAUCUGAUGCUGAAUAACAUUUUUAUAAAAUUUGUAAUGAUGAAAACAUAAAAGCCAGACUCUGUGUGUAGUUGUUUCCCACAGUGACUCCAUGCACCUGUGAAGUGCCUUGUAUCAAUAGAAUUAUGUCAUGUGUUUGCUGUAAAUUUGAACCAGACCGAAUCAUCCUCUGCUGUGCUCACCUCAAUGUCUAUGCAGGUGUGUCAACCCAGCAUGUUCCUGUGCUGCGUCAGCCUUUAAGUCCAUUCCUGGUUUCCAGUUACAAACCAGUGUCCACGGAUGUUGUUCGCUUCACCAGCUGGAGCAGCAGAAGUGUUGCAGUGUGUGAUACAUUAUAAAAAGCUAGUGGGUUCUUUAAUGCUGUUUGCAUAUCUGUGUAUUUUAUAAGACUGAGGCCAUGGAGAUUCAUUUAAUUUCUACAAUGAUUUUUCUUUUAGAUUAUAUGAGAAACAUUAUGCCAUUGGGCUUUGCUUCUCAGUUUACUGAAUUUGUUUGAUACUGACGUCUGCUUCACUGCAGACAUCCAGUCCGCUUCCAGGGAUAUGCCAGUAUCCUGUAUUUAUUCACUAAAAGGCUGCGUCACAUUUUCUCAAGCAGAAUAAAGAUUUAGUUUGAC